UUACCCCAAUUGUAAAAUAUGGUGCUACUUUACACCUUUAUGAAGUUUACGAAGUUCUGUGUCUGUGUUCAAUAGAUAUUAGUUACCCGCCAAAGUUCUAUCCUUGGCCAGCAGUGAAACGCAUCAAUAGCAAAUUCCUUCGUCAUGGGAACAGUUAAUGUUUUAGUUCUCAUUUUCGUACUCAUUUGUACGAUAGACAUUGCCCUUAGCCAGGGUACCAACAAUAAUAAAAUAAAAUUUCUGGAACCGGAUCGGGUGGUCCGCUACACGCCACAAGAAUGGAGCGUUUAUCGUCCCGGCCUUGUGGUGUAUUGUCACCGCGGACAAGCGCCGGCUGUGCUGAACACCUUUCUUACGGCUACCCUAAAACUCGAUUGUGACCACGAAGACUUCAACCAGUACGCAGGAAGCACACCGGCAGAAGUAGAAAGCCACUGGCAGGAUGACCAGAGCUUGUUCAGCUUCAAUCUGUUUGCGUCGAAAAAACGGCGCCUCGUCGAGCUAGAUCCCUUCAACCAAAGCUGCAUCGGGAUUGUUUCGUCGGGAACUUACGAUGUGACGCUUCUGCUGAACCGAUUCGACGUGUGGCGCGUCGGAAUGCUGCUGUUCGGCCUGAUCAGCUUCUUCAGUGCCAAGUCGUUGAGCAAGAACCCACUGUUUUACUACUUUGGCGGCAUUCUGAUCGGCGUUGCUUCGUCGGCACUGAUCAUCGUGUACUUCUUCAGCAAACUGAUACCGUAUCGGCCUGUAAUGUACGGCGUAAUGCUCGGUGGCUGGACGUUAGGAAUUUGCGGUUUGCAAAUGCUGUACGAGAACGUGAGAUUGAUUGUCGUGCUCUAUCGGCACUACGUGUUCUGGUACCUCUUCAUCGUGGGCUCGAUAAGUUUUUUGCUUUGCUAUCGAAUGGGACCACCGCGCGACCAGCGCAGCAAGCAAAUCAUCCAGUGGGCACUACAGCUGAUGGCGCUGGCAUUGAUAUUCUUCUCGACCCACCAGCGUCCGAUGUCCGCCUUGAUAGUGACGUUGGUUGCAUCCAGUUAUUUCCUAUUCGUGCCGAUCGCUUUGUGCCGGUGGUUAGUGAACAAAUACUAUCGCUUGUUUCCGAGCUCCCGUCGGUUGCUGACGACGGAAGAGUUUGAGCAGCAGGGCAUCGUUGAGACGACCAAA